AUGACGAGCGUUUCAUCGACUCGUAAUAUUGUUGGUAUUAUAGGAAAUGUUAUCGCCUUUGGUUUGUUCUUAUCACCAUCUCCAACUUUCUAUAAAAUUAUAAAGAAAAAAGAUGUGGAGGAGUACAAGUCUGAUCCAUACAUAGCAACAAUGUUGAAUUGUGCGUUUUGGAUGUUUUAUGGAUUGCCUUUUGUGCAUCCAAAUAGCAUUUUAGUUGUUACCAUCAAUGCUGUAGGGCUUGUUUUAGAGUUCGUCUAUCUUACCAUAUUUUAUAUUUAUGGCAACAAUAAAGAAAGGAAAAAGUUGCUUCUUUUUCUUCUCACUGGGACUAUUUUUUUGGUUUUCAUUGUUCUUAUAACAAUGUUGGCAUUACAUAAUACUACCGAAAGAACUCUAGUGGUUGGUAUUAUAUGUGAUAUCUUUAACAUAAUGAUGUACAUUUCUCCUCUUACUGUUAUGGCAAAGGUUAUUAAAACAAAGAGUGUGAAAUAUAUGCCAUUUUCACUCUCUAUGGCUAGCUUUCUUAAUGCAUUGUGUUGGACAACAUAUGCCUUACUCCACCCCUUUGACAUUUAUAUUUUGAUCAGCAAUAGUGUCGGAGUAAUAUCUGGACUUGUUCAACUCAUACUAUAUGCUUAUAUUCGUUGCAAGGGAGAAAAUAAUAAUGACGAUGGUGAUAAUGUUUCAAUUCUAGAUGGAGACUACUAUCUUAUAAGUGAUUAA